AAAGGGGGAGGAGCCAACGCAUUCCGAGCUAAAUUCACAUGUAUCAAGUAGGCUGUGAUUCGUAGUGCCGGGUCAGACCGUUACACAAGUCAAAUUUAAAUUGUCAAAUUGUUUGUAAUGUGCGUUAAACCUGCAGUUGUGGAUAUUUAGUGUAUUUAUUAAAUGAAAAUAUGUUUUUUCAAUUUUCUCCUGUUAAAGCCGCACCGAAAAAAGUGCCAGUAAAAAAGGCUGCUGAAUCUGAAGAAAUAGCUGUUUGUUCGUUAGCACCUUUUGGUCCUAAGCCCAAGAUAUUCUUUGAAGAUGUCAAAGUCGGGACUACAGCCAAGAGGCAGUUACUUAUUAAAAAUCCGCUACAAACUGAUGUCAAGCUUCAUGUGACUGUGAAUUUCCCAGAAGAUAUUAGAGUGGAGUUUAGUUGGGAAGAAGCAACAAUACCCAGCAAUGAUGAAACAAUUUUAGAGAUAACUUGGAAUCCAGAUUGUGAAUGUUCAUCCAGAUUUAGUGUAUUUCUUGGAGAUGGAAAGAGACACAAGAUUGAUGUACCAGUUGCGUUCAAAUCAGUAUUGCCCAAGGGCACAAAACCCGUUAAAAAAGCUACAAAAAAUAAAAAAUCACCAGUUAAGAAAGUCAUCUCAACAAGACGAAUAUCACCUAUAAAAAGACCAUCACCAAGAUCCAAACUUUAUAAAGCUCGAUCACCAACGAAAUCGCGAUUAUUAAACAAUAUCCCAGGAAUAGUCGUUGCAUCACCGAAUCGAAGGGAAACAUUCUGCGUGAGGGGCAGAGAGGACAAAGAAAACUUGGUGGAACGUCCAAAAGUCGAGCCCUUUUUCCUGUCGCCGGCCAAUCGUCACGUACAAAACUUGGUUGAGGAAUUCAAUGACAGCUUGGAAUCAAACUCACCGACUACUAAAAACCGUCUCAGUCCACGUGUACUUUCAGAAAAUAACACUAAUAAUUUCAAUUUGGAUUCCAGCUUUGGGUACAAAUUAGAAUCUAUCAGCCUCAAAUUCUCACCCACCACCACGUCCACUAAUUUAAAGGAAAAUGGCUUUUACACUGAAAAAUCGUUCAAUCUGCGUAAUAGGACAUUUGAUUUUCCAUCCCCUACAGGAGCACCCAAAGAUUUCUACAAUAACUUGAAUAAUUUGAAAAUCAGUCCAGUCAGUGCCAAAGCCUUGUCGCCUGCAACACCUAAAGGUUUUUACCAAAAUUUGAAUAGUUUGAAAAUGAGUCCAGUAGGUACCAAAGCCCUGUCGCCUUCGGCAUCCAGAGCUUUCUACAACAAUUUGAAUAAUUUGAAACUCAGUCCAGCCGACGCCAAAGCCUUGUCCCCUGCGACACCUACACGCUCACAAAACAAUUUGAAUAAUUUGAAACUAACUCCAGACGGUGCCGCAUCACCUGACCUGAACUGCAGCACCGAUACUUACGUAAAGGGAAACAUGAGCAGUGCGACAUACGUUAAACAUAACGAUAGCUACGAAACUUACCUGAAAGGCAACAUAAGCGCCAGCACUUACGUUAAAGACGGUUCGGUGGGUGAUCUUGCCAACUUCUUAGAAUCUCCAGUUUGCAUUAAAAAACCCUCUCCAACCACAGUUCGUCGUUUGAGUUUGGCCGGCGACAACGUCAAAACAAUCAUAGAAGCCAACAUGUGGUGUGAGAACAAGAAGAAGCCUCUGAAUCCCAUCCUGGAGGAAUCCGUCAGUCACGAACCAAAAGUACCUUUGAAACGCAAAAGUGACCUGUGCAUUGCCGUAUCGCCUUUAAAGCGGGCGCAUUUGGAACGUCUCCCGAGUAAACCCAAACCGUGCUUGGGGUGGUCCAAAUUAGGCGGUGCAGGCGUAAGAACGAUUAAGACAACGUCAGGGCUGAUGAAAAAAGCUAACACCUCGAUGUUGUCCUUGAACGAGACCAAGAGUUGUGUCGUUACCAAUCCCUUUCUGUGGGCAGCCACGAACAAUUUCGAUCCGUUCAUGACGUCUCAGAUCUACUGCGACGAGAAGUGGAUCACAAAGCAGAUAAACGAAUUUAAGAAAUGGCUGAAUGCCCUACUAACCCCGCCCGCGGAACUGGAAACUAAGAUCGAACAGGUGGACGUUGCGAAGGUGUGGAAGGACGUGAAAAACCGGGAGAUCGAGGUGGCGCCCACCAAAGAAUCUAUCUCCAAUAAACUGCAUACCUCCAGCAAAUUGGAUUCUUUGAGGAGGGCGGCGCAAACGUUAUUCCGAAGCCAGGAAUUCAGUAUUGUUGCAACGAAAGUCGCUCAAUCCGUGGACUCCGGUAAACUGUCGAUACGAGACGACAGAGACGUACAUUUGAAUUUGUCGUUAAAAUCAGAAUUGUUGUCGUUGCUGUUAAGUUACAACAGUCUUUGGUUGAGGAUUGGUUUGGAAACUGUUUACAAUGAAACCAUUCCGUUGCAUUCCAAUUCGGACGUGACUGGUCUGAGUAGUUUUAUUAUAGAAAGGAUGUUCAAGGAUCCCUACCUGUUGAAGAAGUACAAAAGUGUUCACGCCCCUAAAUAUAUGGUGGAAAUUAAAAAGUUCUUUUUGAAAAAGUUUCUAAUAUUGGUCUACUUUUUGGACAGGGCGAAGAACAAUAAACUUAUUGCGCACGAUCCUUGUCUGUUUUUUAAGAACGCCCGUGUUAAGGAAAGCAAAGAAAUCCUCAUACAAUUAGCAAAGGAGACUCUAUCAGCAAUAGGAGAUAUAAAUAAGUACUUAAAACUGUGUGGAUACGUUGUAACCCACAAACAAACGUACAUAAACGAGUACGAUUAUGGUGUAACAAACUUGGGAGUAGAUCUCCGGGAUGGAGUACGUCUUACCCGAGUUAUGGAAAUAAUCCUGUUAAAAAAAGAUUUAACCAAUUCUCUAAGAGUCCCAGCAAUUUCCAGACUGCAGAAGGUGCAUAACAUGAAACUAGUGUUUGAUUCAUUGGAGGAAGCUGGCUUCCAGAUAGGAUACGACAUCACACCUAAGGAUAUCGUCGACGGUUACAAGGAGAAAACGUUGUCGUUCCUUUGGCAAAUCAUCUAUAAAUUCGAAGCACCACUAAUGGUGAAAAACGUCACAACCAUUCAGACCUGGUUCAGGAGUCUACCAAUAGUUUUGAAACGGCGAAAGUUGGAACGAAUCAGGCAAAAGAAAAUAUGUGCCGCCUUGAAAAUCCAAAACUGGUGGAGAAGGCAAGUCUUAUCGGAAAAACUUUACUUCUUCGCCUGCAUGUUGGGUCACCAUUUGGAAAUGCUCCGCAGAGAACGGGCGGCAAUUAAAAUCCAAGCUUGCUACCGAAUGUAUUUAUGUCGCAGAGAGUUUACCCACUGCAUCAGUAUUAUCAUAAAAAUUCAAGCUCACUGCAGGGGCUUUCUGAUUAGAAAUAAUUACAGGGGUCGCGUUUUAGCGGCCAUCAAAAUUCAGAGUUUCUUUAGGAUGCUUAUCGAAAGAAGGCGAUUUUUGACACUAAAACGUGCGACAAUUUCCUUGCAACAACGUUAUCGCCUGCUAAAACUGGGCAAGACACAAAAAGACGAAUACGAACAGCUGAAACGGACUGUCCAAAUCGUACAAAGUAUAUUCAGAGCCAACAAAUUAGCAAGAACUAUCAGGACUGAGUAUUUAACGCAGAAAAAAGCUGCGAUUACAAUUCAACGUUGGUACAGAGCUACAAAAUUGAUGCACCAGCAACGCAAGGCAUUUGUUGAAAACAAAACUAAAGCAAUACAAAUAUCAACUUGGUACAAAUCAAUUCUGAUGAUGCGAAACGAUCGCAAAACUUUCACGAAUUUGAAGCAAUCCGUGCGAGUUAUUGAAGAAAGAUAUUUGGCCAAGAAGUUAAUGCAGGAGGAACAACUUGAAUAUAACCGUCAAAGGUGUGCUGCAAUUUUAAUACAGAGGUUUUAUAGAGGUUUAAUAUUAACCAGGUGCCUAAGACAACAAUUUUUACAACUAAGAACUGCCACCAUUUCCAUACAGAGACGUUUCAGGGCUAAUCAAAUUAUGCGGAUACAUUUGCACGCUUUCAAUGUGCUGAAGAAAAAUGUUAUUGCUGUCCAGCGAAGGUUCAGAGCUAACAAACAAAUGAAACUCCAAAAAAUGGAAUAUAAUAAAUUGAAGUUGGUGACAAUACUCAUUCAACGAAGAUUUAGGGCCAGAAAAACAGGCUUAACAUUAUUGAAACAAUUCAAGAAGACCAAAGCUGCAACUAUAGUGAUACAACAACGUUACAGGGCAAUGCUAAUUAUGAAAGCACAAAGACGAGAGUAUCUGGAGCUUCGUCAAAACGUUAUAAACAUCCAGAAGCGAUUUAGAGCGAAACUUCUCAUGAAAGUGGAAUUUAAACGGUAUCAGUUAUUGAGACAAUCUACUAUCACUAUACAAACGUACUACAGAGCUUUAAUAUGUAUGAGGGAACAAAGGGGUCAAUUUGUUGCCUUAAAAAAUGCAGCGAAUGUCAUUCAAAGUCGAUAUAGAGCUUUAAAAUCCAUGCAAGAACAAAGAAAGCAGUAUUUACUUUUGAGAUCAAGUGCAAUUUGUAUACAAAAAAUGUACAAAAUGAAAUUGCACAGGGACAGAUACAGAGCAUUAAAAUCAGCCACUAUUACAAUACAACGUAGGUUUAGAGCUAAUAAAAUGAUGAAAGUGCAACGACAGAAAUACCUGAAAUUGAGGCAAUGCGUUAUUGCUGUACAACAAAGGUACCGUGCCCUAAUAAGUAUGAGGAAGGAACGACUUAACUUUUUGACUGUUAGGAAAUCUGUGAUUGUUAUUCAAAAGAAUUAUAAGGCAAAACUCGCGCAGAAAUCAUUUAUCAGCCUUAAACAAGCUGCUGUUUCUGUGCAAAGAAGGUAUAGAGCCAAAAAGUUGAUGCAGCUACAACUGAACCAAUACCAGUUGCUCAGGAACGCCGUUGUAAACGUACAAAGGCGAUACAGAGCAAAUAACCUGAUGAAAAAACAACGUGAAACUUACCUAAAAUUACGCCAGACUGUAAUAAAUGUGCAACAAAGAUACAGAGCCAACAAAUUGAUGAUCAAACAGAGAGAUUUAUACCAAAAACAACGAUCCGCCGCGGUGAAGAUUCAGCAAUUUUACGUUGGCUACAAGGCAAUGUUGCAAGAGCGAUCUGGUUUCGAAUCAAAACGAUUAUCUAUAGGGAAGCUGCAAAGCGUAAUCAAAGGAUAUUUAGUGAGGAAGAAGUAUGCGAAGUACUUCACUCCAGAAGCAAGGGAACAGAGAAGGCGGGAAAGGGCAAGGAUCGCAGCGGCGAUCAAGAUUCAAGCCGCAUGGAGGAGUUACAGGACACGUAAGGUCGAAAAGAGGCCGCAGGUCGCUGAAAUGCGUAAACGAUUCAAGCUGGCGAAUCAGAACGCUGCCCCAGAAAAUACUCUUAAGUCCCGAUGUGAUAAGGCCCUUCUAACAUUAAAAUUAGAUCACUACACCAUACUGCAAAUGCUUAAUGCCCUGGAGGAUCUUGAUUAUAUUACGAGAAGAUGUAAAAUCACAACAGAAAAAUUAAGCAAAAGAACUGUUCCUGAACAACUGUAUCUAAUGAUCAGUUGCACAGCCAGAUCUUUACCAGAAAUGCAGGCCUGCAAUUAUGCCACUCAGAUUUUAAUCAACUUCUGCAAGUACGAAAAGACCAAUCGUUCAUCGUUUAUAUCAUCAUAUAUAGAUAAAAUGUUUACCGUCAUGAUGAACUGGUGCGAUAAAGAUACACCUUAUUUCGUCAGCGUGUGUACCUUGAUCUGGUUGUUUGCCCACAACCCUCAGUGGAAGAAAACGAUAAUGACUGUGCCAAAUUUGAAUCAAAGACUGACUAAAAUUGAGAGCCUCACUUUGAGGAAGGAGAAAAUGGUGGCAAUUGCAGGCAUAAAGGGCGCUUCAUUUUUCAACCCGAAAUAUAAGGGUUUGAUGCCUUCAUUGACGCCCGAUUGGGGAUACGAAAGUGACGCUAGACCAUAUGUUUUUAAGAAUUCCGUGCAUGCGGUACAUUGCGUUAUUAACAUUUUAAAGUGAUUGAUGGUUUUAAUUUUAUAAUUAUUAUUAUUUAUAAAUUUAAAUGUUGAAGUGGAUUAUAUAUUAUUUAAUUAUUGUAUUUUGUACCUUAUACUGAGUUUUAUAUUGUAUAUCGAAAAUGUGUAAUUUAUAUGUUAUUUUAAUA